AUGAGAUACGUGUCGGAUAUAAUGAAUGAAAUAUAUGUGAAAAAAAGUGAAAUAAUGGAGAAGGCAACAACGAUCAAACAAGUCCAUUCGUCGGAGUUUCGUGACAGCGACAGUUUCCCGUUUCGUGGGUUUAUCGAAUCCCAUUUCGUUGAUUCUGGAAUCGCACAGAAGAAUUUGAGCUUGAAAAAAAAUCUUGAAAUCGAGACAACACAGAAUUUUAGGGAUCGCAUGAUCUCGAAGCUGGAUUCCAAAGCUGAGAGUGACCCAAUGGACUCACCAGAUAACAAAGUUCCUGGAUUCGUUGAUAUAGUCAAGUCUUGGAUCCCUAGAAAGAGUGAGUCCUCACACAUGUCGAGGGAUUUCUGGAUGCCUGACCAGAGCUGUCCCGUGUGCUAUGAGUGCGAUGCUCAGUUCACUGUAUUCAACCGAAGACAUCACUGCCGGCUUUGUGGUCGAGUGUUUUGUGCCAAAUGCGCCGCGAAUUCGAUUCCGUCUCCAUCGGAUGAAACCAAGGAGAGUCAUGAUGAAUCAGACAGAAUCAGGGUUUGUAAUUACUGCUACAAACAGUGGGAGCAAGGGGUUGUCCCGCCUGAUAACGGAGCUUCUAUUAUUAGCCUUCAUUUUAGCUCAUCUCCUUCUGCUAGAAGCGUCGCAAGCACUACCUCCAACAGCAGCAAUUGCACCGUUGAAGAUUCUACUACUGGGCCUUCCCCUAGACCAAAAACGAAUCCUCGAGCUAGCCGUCGCGCCUCUUCAAACAUGGAUUUGGAGAAGUCUGAACAGCCGAAUGCAUCAUCGCAUCGAAGCUCAGAUCCUUAUGGGCGUGUGUUAGAUUCUUCUCAGAACCCAGUUGAAUUCUUUGUGAACAGGAGUGAUGGUGAAGCUGAUGAUGAUGAUGAUUAUCACUCUGAUUAUGCACAAUCCUACUCUCAAGGAAAUGACUACUAUGGUGCCAUCAGUCUCGAUGAAGUUGAUCGUAUCUAUGGGUCACAUGAAGCUGAUGAUGUUGGAGUAAACAUAGAGUCAAACAUCCAAAUUGGCUUGCCCCCUGAUCAAGAUCUUGACACACUGAAUACAGAGAUGAUAGAUAAAUCAAGAGAAGCAGAUGGGUGGAAUGAUGUGACGGAGGUAAUUCCUCCUGGUGAAGAGCCCUUUGAGCCUGAAGUAGUUGAUUUUGAGAACGAUGGGCUCUUAUGGCUACCGCCAGAGCCAGAGAACGAAGAAGAUGAAAGAGAAGCAGCGUUAUCUGAUGAUGAGGGUGAUGAAGGUGAUAGAGGUGAUUGGGGGUACCUUCGCCCAUCAAAUAGCUUUAAAGAUAGGGAUUUCCACUCUAGGGACAAGUCCAGUGGUGCUAUGAAAAAUGUUGUUGAAGGGCAUUUUAGGGCUUUAGUAGCACAACUUUUGGAGGUUGAUAAUCUACCAAUGGUCAACGAAGGCGAUAACGAGGGCUGGCUUGAUAUAAUUACAUCAUUGUCCUGGGAGGCUGCAACACUCCUCAAGCCAGAUACGAGCAAAAGUGGAGGUAUGGAUCCAGGAGGAUAUGUGAAGGUUAAAUGCAUCCCAUGUGGACUUCGCAGUGAGAGUAUGGUCGUGAGAGGAGUUGUUUGUAAGAAAAAUGUGGCUCAUCGACGAAUGACUUCAAAGAUCGAGAAGCCGCGUCUGCUAAUUCUUGGAGGAGCUCUGGAAUAUCAACGCAUCUCUAACCAGUUGUCAAGUUUUGACACAUUGUUGCAACAGGAAAUGGACCAUUUGAAGAUGGCUGUUGCCAAAAUUGACUCUCACAAUCCUGACAUUCUCUUGGUGGAGAAGUCUGUCUCGCGGUUUGCGCAGGAGUAUCUUCUUGCAAAGGACAUAUCUCUUGUUUUGAAUAUAAAAAGGCCCCUUCUAGAGCGCAUAUCCCGCUGCACUGGUGCGCAGAUUGUCCCUUCGAUUGACCAGCUCACUUCACCAAAGCUGGGUUAUUGUGACCUGUUCCAUGUGGAAAAGUUUAUCGAGAAACAUUUUAGUACUGGUCAAGGUGUGAAGAAACUGGCGAAGACUUUGAUGUAUUUUGAUGGUUGCCCCAAGCCUUUGGGCUGUACAAUACUGCUUAAGGGGGCACAUGAAGAUGAACUGAAGAGGGUGAAACAUGUGAUUCAGUACGGAGUUUUUGCAGCAUAUCACUUGGCUCUUGAGACAUCUUUCCUAGCAGAUGAAGGUGCUUCCCUUCCAGAACUUCCUCUGCAGACCCCGAUUACAGUGGCUUUACCUGAUAAACCAUCAACGAUUAACAGAUCAAUAUCCACAAUACCUGGUUUUACUGCUGAAAAGUCUCCAACUACUGAAUCAAUGGGUGAGCCACAUAAAGCCAUUGGCGACGUUACUGGUAAUUUGUCUGCUAUUAAGACUCAAGGGAAAUUGGAUGGAAACGACAGGACUGACCCUUCUGAACGACUGCUUCACAACAUGGAUACUGUUUACUGUAAGCCUCAAGAAACUAUUUCCCCUAAGGACGAUGGGUUAGUUCCUACUCUAGAACCCAGGCAGCUAUCCUUUAACAUGGAAGAAGCUUCUGUUCAAAAAGAUCAGUGGUCUGUUUUACCCUCUACCACAGAACAAGUAACCGAUGGUGCUUACACUAAUGAAUCCACGGUAAUAGGAGAUCAGAGUUUUAGUAAGCAUGAACAAAUGGACUCUUCAAAAGGAGAUUUUCUUCCGUCAACUUCUGACCAUCAAAGCAUAUUGGUUUCGUUAUCAACAAGAUGUGUGUGGAAGGGAUCUGUGUGUGAGCGGGCUCAUCUACUCCGUAUUAAAUACUAUGGAAGCUUUGACAAGCCUUUAGGACGAUUCCUAAGGGAUAAUCUCUUUGAUCAGGAUCGUUCUUGCCCGUCAUGUACGAUGCCAGCAGAAGCACACAUUCAUAGUUAUACUCAUAGGCAAGGUAGUCUGACAAUAUCUGUUAAGAAACUGCCUGAAGUGUUACCUGGGCAACGCGAAGGAAAAAUUUGGAUGUGGCAUCGAUGCCUGAAAUGUCCUCGAAUCAAUGGCUUUCCUCCAGCCACACGCAGAAUUGUGAUGUCAGAUGCUGCGUGGGGCCUGUCUUUUGGUAAAUUUUUGGAGCUGAGCUUCUCUAACCAUGCAGCAGCUAGCCGUGUGGCCAACUGUGGUCAUUCACUUCACAGAGACUGUCUCCGUUUCUAUGGCUUUGGGAGAAUGGUGGCUUGCUUCCGCUAUGCUUCAAUUAAUAUUUUUGCAGUUUUUCUGCCACCAGCAAAACUUGAGUUUAACUAUGAAAACCAGGAAUGGCUCCAAAAGGAAUCAAAAGAGGUGAUUAAAAAAGCGGAAGUCCUUUUUAAUGAGGUUGAGGAGGCACUUAGUCAGAUUUCAGCGAAAACAAUGGGUGCAAAUUCCAAGGGCAGCACUCCGAACAAGAUAAAGCUUUCUCUUGAAGAACUUGCAGGACUUCUUGAGCAACGUAAAAAGGAAUAUAAGGAAUCAUUGCAGCAAAUGUUAAGUGUGGUUAAGGAUGGACAACCUACUAUUGAUAUCCUUCUAAUAAAUAAACUUCGAAGACUGAUACUUUUCGAUUCAUAUGCUUGGGAUGAAUGCCUAACAGGGGCUGCCAGUAUGGUAAGAAAUAACCAUUCUGAAGCUCUGAGGAAUUCUGCCCCAAAAUUUAUGGGUCGUGACGUCUCCUUGGAGAAGCUUAGUGAUGAAAAAGUAAGCUCGAUAUCAACCCAUGUUGCAAGGAGUAAUGACUCUCAUCCCCAAGAUGCGGAGUAUGAUAAGUGUCUUAACCAGGGUAAAUCAUUUGCUGAUACCAACGGAAAAAGGGCUACUCCUGAAGAUGUAGGCUCAAACACAACCUCGGAUCGUAAGAUGGAGUUUGAAUCUAUUGAAGAUGGUAAAGAAAAUUUUGUGGAGCCUUCGCAGGUGGUUAAAACAGUACAUUCCGAGAGCCAGUCCCAAGCAACAGACUUAUCUGAUACUCUUGAUGCAGCAUGGAUAGGUGUACAAACUGCUACAGAGAAUGGUCUUUCUCGUCCGCCUAGCAAAGCUGCUUCAGCAAAUGAAACUCAGACUCCUGAUUUAAGGCCGUCGGAUUCAGAGAGUGGAAGGAGCUUUGGAGGAGGUCCAACCAAUGAGGAACAUACAAUACAAAUUCAAAUGCCUUCUCCUAGUUUUUACUAUUCACUCAACAAGAAUUAUUCGCUCAAUUCUCGCAAGCAUAUUAUGGCUGAAGACCGGCCUGUUUAUGUUUCUUCAUAUAGAGAGCUUGAAUGGCGAAGUGGUGCAAGGCUGCUGCUUCCUCUGGGAAUCAAUGAGUUGGUACUGCCAGUAUAUGACGACGAACCUACUAGUAUCAUAGCUUAUGCCCUUACAUCAUCAGAAUAUAACGCCCAGAUGUCUGGAUCAGAUAAGGCAAGAGAUCGCUUGGAUAGUGGAGGAUCAUUUUCACUUUUUGAUUCUGUGAAUCUUCUAUCAUUGAACUCUUUGAGCGAUUUAUCAGUUGACAUGAGUAGAAGCCUUAGCUCUGCUGAUGAACAAGUCUCACAGCUGCUACAUUCAUCCUUGUAUUUGAAAGAUCUGCAUGCUAGAGUCUCGUUUACUGAUGAAGGUCCUCCUGGGAAAGUGAAGUACUCUGUGACGUGUUAUUAUGCGAAGGAAUUUGAAGCCCUGAGGAAGAUUUGCUGUCCUUCAGAAACUGAUUUCAUAAGAUCUCUUGGUCGAUGUAGAAAAUGGGGAGCCCAGGGUGGAAAGAGCAACGUCUUUUUUGCAAAAACCUUGGAUGACCGUUUUAUCAUCAAACAAGUUACGAAGACAGAACUUGAGUCCUUCAUCAAAUUUGGGCCAGCUUACUUCAAAUAUCUGACUGAAUCUAUCUGUACUAAAAGCCCUACAAGCCUUGCAAAGAUCUUGGGAAUCUAUCAGGUCUCAUCCAAACACCUUAAAGGAGGAAGAGAGUUCAAAAUGGAUGUCUUGGUGAUGGAGAAUCUUCUGUUCAAGCGUAACUUCGCUAGGCUUUAUGACCUAAAAGGCUCCACUCGCGCCCGUUACAAUCCCGAUACAAGUGGUAGCAAUACAGUUUUGCUGGACCAGAAUCUGGUCGAAGCAAUGCCCACAUCUCCAAUAUUUGUUGGGAGCAAGGCAAAACGGCUUCUAGAAAGAGCCGUCUGGAAUGAUACAUCCUUUCUUGCUUCGAUCCAUGUAAUGGAUUACUCCUUACUAGUCGGAGUUGAUGAGGAACGAAACGAACUAGUUCUAGGAACCAUCGAUUUCAUGAGGCAAUACACUUGGGACAAACAUCUGGAGACUUGGGUCAAGACUUCAGGGCUACUUGGAGGACCGAAGAACUCAUCUCCCACAGUGAUAUCGCCGCAGCAAUACAAGAAACGUUUCAGGAAAGCGAUGACGGCUUAUUUUCUGAUGGUUCCUGACCAAUGGUCACCUGCCACGGUUGUGCCAAGCAACAGUUCUUCAGGAGAUGUGAAGGAGGAAGAAGAGAGAGACAAUCUUCAAAGUUUUGACAAACAAAAUGCAUCAAUCCACAAAUCUCUCCUGUCCAGACCAAAAAGAGAAAAAGAGCAAAACAGAAUGGCUUUUCAAGACUUUGAUCAGAUUCACGAACGAGUAAACCAAGAGAGAAAACGUAAAUUCAGGAAGAAAAUCAUCAUUGGGGUCGUCUCUGCGCUUGUUGUUGCUGCUGCCAUUAUUGGAGGUGUUUUUGCUUUUGUUACGUAUGGAAACAAAUCUCAAGGACAGGAUAAAACCACAAACAACAACACUAAAGAUAAAAGCUCCGAUAAAGGCGAGAGUCCAAGCCAGAAACCACCAUCUUCUGCAGCACAAUCUGUGAAACCUGUCCAGGUCAAUAAAAUCAUCCAAACACUUUGCGGUUCCUCUCUUUACAAACCAAUCUGCGAGAAAACUCUUAAAAACGGGAAAAAGACAAGCACUCCUCAGUCUGAUCCUCGGGGCCUUUUAAAGUCUUCCAUUGAAGCAGUCAAUGACGAUCUAGGGAAAGCUUCCGAAAAGGUUUUAAAACUUAAAACAGAGAACAAGGACGAUGAAGACGCUAUGGCGCAGUGCAAGUUGCUUGUGGACGAAGCUAAGGAAGAGCUUGGCACCUCCGUGAAAAGAAUCAACGAUACAGAGGUUAAUAACUUUGCGAAAAUAUCUCCCGGUUUAGACAGUUGGCUAAGCGCAGUCAUGUCUUAUCAAGAAACAUGUGUCGAUGGGUUUGAAGAAGGGAAACUCAAAACGGAGAUACGUAAGAACUUCAAUUCUUCUCAAGUUUUGACAAGCAAUUCUCUCGCGAUUGUCAAAUCUUUAGACGCGUAUCUUUCUUCGGCUCCAAAGCUGAAAACGCGACGUCUUCUUGAAUCAAAAUCUUCUGCUAAAAAGACAGAUCAUAUAACGUCUUGGUUAAGCAACAAGGAGAGACGAAUGUUAAAAGCUGUUAAUGUGAAUGCUUUGAAACCUAAUGCUACAGUGGCUAAAGAUGGCAGCGGAAAUUUCACAACCAUUAAUGAUGCACUUAAAGCAAUGCCUGCUACGUACCAAGGAAGGUACAUUAUUUAUAUCAAACAAGGAGUUUAUGAUGAAUCUGUGAUUGUUGAUAAGAAGAAAGCUAAUGUUACAAUGAUCGGUGAUGGAUCGCAGAAGACAAUCGUGACGGGAAACAAAAGCCACGCUAAGAAAGUCAGCACAUUGCUCACAGCAACAUUUGUGGCACAAGGAGAAGGAUUCAUGGCACAGUCCAUGGGGUUCAGGAACACGGCAGGGCCUGAGGGACACCAAGCGGUCGCAAUACGUGUUCAAUCGGAUCGUUCGACGACAGGCUUUGUGGUUCACAAUUGUACGAUUGCUCCAAACGAAGAUCUUAAACCCGUAAAGGCCGAGUUCAAGAGCUACCUCGGACGGCCGUGGAAAAGUCAUUCUCGAACGGUUGUGAUGGAAUCAACGAUCGAGGAUGUGAUCGAUCCUGUUGGUUGGUUGAGAUGGCAAGAGACGGAUUUCGCUAUCGAUACAUUGUUUUACGCGGAAUACAAGAACGACGGUCCAAGCGGAGCAACCGCUUCUAGGGUUAAAUGGCCUGGAUUUAGGGUUAUAAACAAGGAAGAGGCCAUGAAAUAUACGGUGGGACCAUUCUUACAAGGGGAAUGGAUCCAAGAGUUGGGGUCUCCGGUUAAGUUUGGUCUUUAUGAUCCUUGA